AUUGUUAUACAAUUCAGUGAUCUUCCUAUUCCUAGGGUAUUACUCUGAAGUUGUUCCUCAGAUCCAUGACCUUAGGGAUUGCCAGGAGAUCGCUGUGGUUUCUGCUGCUGCUGCUGAUCAGCCUACCAAUGGGGAGAAACUGCGGUGGGGAGUACAAAACUGGACCACUACAGCACUGCUACCCCCACGAGGAGGUCUUCCCCGAAGUGGCACGGUGUCCAUCCCACCAAAGUGUCACUGCCGAGAGGCUGCAACUGCCCUGGUGGUGUGCCCUCCUGGAGAGUCUCUUCCUGCUGCUGCUGGUGAAGCUGCUCCAGUUGUAGAUGAGCCAACACCUCUCGGUAAUUGCCGCUGAUGUAAGCCAACAAUGGAGCGGGCCAAGUGAAGGCGGCAAAUGUCACACUUGCUGCUCAUAAAUCACAUCGGAAACUGUUUUUCCCCGUUGCUCUUGCCACACAUGAUAAUUUGUGAUGGGCUUAGGUGAUUCUAAUUAAAUUGUUCAAAAUGUUUUCCAGCGCGCUUUUGGGCCUGGCGCUGGAAAAUCGCUGACAAAUGUUUCCGUCAAAACACAGAAAAAGUUUUCGUUUUGUUUUGUUAGAGUCCAGGCCAAAUAGC